AUGCCCCAUGGUUCAGAUGAUGCCCGAAAGAGGUUCAUCCUUGCCACAGCAGGGAACUUCUAUGGGCUGAAGCCCUUAUCCUCGCUGGCUGACAGCCCGGAGCUCAACAACUUCCUGGACGAUGGAAAUGAAUUUGUCCUGGCUGUUAGCAGACAUGACAAUGACCUGCACCUGUCAAAUAAGAUUGCGACAUCGGGGGACAGCAGAGAGAAGGUGUUGGUGUUUUUCAAGCUACAUCCCACUGUGAUCACAGAGGAGAACCUCCACCAGAGCCUUCUGGUGUCCUCCAUGCUGGAGUCUCCUAUCAGCACCCUCUACCAAGCUGUCAGACAGGUCUUUGUCCCUGUGCUCCUCAAGGAUGAGCAGUGGAGUUCAGCAUUUGACCCUAAGCUGGCAGGAUUGCUGAGUGAGCUGGAGCUGGGUCUGGGCUCAGUGGUGCGCCAGUCUGGAGCACAACCCUCAGCCAAGAAGGACCAAAAAGAGGAAGAUGUUCUGGGUAUUCUGACUCCCAGUGAUGAGUUCCAGUACUGGGCAGAUCUCUCUGACUCUGGGGAGAAGAGCAGCACGAGAGAAAGGGCUGCACACUUCACUGAGUUAUUUAAACCCAUAGAAAAGGAGUAUGGUGGUCUGGAUGGCUUGUCUAUGUCUGAUGCUGUGGAUCUGGUCGAACAGAGCAGGGACAUUCUGGAUGAUGUCUGGAGACAGACCGAGCAUGAGCCGUAUCCGGAGACACGCAUGCUACGGCUCAUGGAUGUUAUUGGUGGAGCCCUGGGAAGAUACGUCCAGCGGAAGCUGAGUGGUCUUAAAAUCUUUGAGGAGUCAUUUCUGUCUGUGAGAGAGAGCCUGAGAGUGGGUGUUGUCAUCUGUGAGCAGUGGGUGGCAGCCUGCGAGCAUCUGACAGGACAGGUGUGGAAGAGACAUGCUCCCCAUCCCUGGAAGGGGAACAAGCACUGUCCGCCAACCCUGCAUUGCCUAGCACAGAGAUUGGAUGAGGUGGUGACUCUGCGCACAGUCCAUGAGAAGCUGCUUCGUCUGCUACCGGGAGGAAAACAGCAGGCUCUGACUCCUGAUCGCGUAUUUGAACCUUUCUCUGGACUCAAUCCUCUGCACUACAACCCCUACACUGAGCCUCUUUGGAGAGCAGCAGUGGCCCAGUUUGAGCGCUCCAUUACUCCGUCAGAGCAGGAAGUGGCUGGCAGACUGAAGAGCUACAUUGCUGAUGUUCAGGACAACCCACAACAGCUGUUGCAGGUGUUCCAAAAACACAAGGAGCUGAUCAGACGCCCCAACAUUAGCAAGGAGUUACAGUCCGAGAGAGAGACCCUGCUGGCCAGGCUGCUGGACUACAACAGGGGCUUGAAGACCGAUUUUGAGAGUCGUUGCCAUGGAGCCCCGGGAGAGAGGUCUGGGCCACUCAUUGGCAGGAACCUCCCUGAGGUGGUCAACAAAAUUGUCUGGGUCCGACAGCUCAUACACAAGGUCGAGGACUCUAUCCGCAUUGCUGAGGCUCUGCUCUCAGACCUGUCUGGGUUCAGAGGGUUCCUGCAUUUCUGUGAUGACCUGCUGGAGAUUCUCAGGGCCUAUGAACAGGAGCAGUUUGAAGAUUGGUCCAGAGAUAUUCUGUCUGGACUGGCUGACCCGAAGUCUGGCAUCAGUCUCCAGGCCAGUAACCGUGUAAUGGACCUGGACCAUGUGGAUGGCAGGCUGAAGAUCCAGUAUUCUGACAGAUUGGUCACUCUGCUCAGGGAGGUCAGGCAGCUCUCUGCUCUGGGCUUCCCUAUCCCAGCUAAGAUACAGCAGGCUGCUAAUACGGCAGACAAAUUCUACAGGCAGGCCAUUGUCCUGAAGCAGGUGGCCCAUUUCUACAACACUAUAGACCAACAGAUGAUUCCCUCCCAGAGACCUAUGAUGCUCAGUCUUGCCCUGGCCUUUGAGCAGGUCAUCAAGAAUCCUCGUUCCCAGUCAAAGGAGUCAGGUGGCAAAGUGCAGAUUACGUGGGACAACCCCAAAGAGCUGGAGCUUUACAUCACCAAGCUGCAGUCUGCGGCUGAGAAACUUUCCACUGAGAACAGAAAACUACGCAAGUGGCACACUGAUUUUACUGAGAAGGUGGUGACUCUGAUGAAUGUGGACCUGCUGAGACAUCAGCAGCGGUGGAAGGAUGGCCUUCAGGAGCUCCGUACUGGCUUUGCCACCCUGGAGGCUCAGGGCUUCAGGACAGGUGACAUGCGUGCAUGGCGUCAGCACUGGAAUCAUCAGCUGUACAAGGCUCUUGAACACCAGUACCAAACUGGACUGGAAGCUCUGAACAUGAACCUGCCUGAGAUACACAUCGACCUUACCUUCAAGCAGGGCCGUUUGCAGUUCCGGCCUCCAUUUGAGGAAGUAAGAGCUCGCUACUUCAGAGAGAUGAAGAGGUUCAUUUCGAUCCCAAACCAGUUCAAAGGGGUCAGUGCUCAGGGGGAGGAGCUUAUCUUCAGUAUCAUGAUUGACAGGAAUGCCUCCGGCUUCCUCACCAUCUUCAGUAAGGCUGAGGACCUCUUCAGCCGCUUGCAAGCUGUACAGAACAAGUUCAAGAAUUGGGUGGUGCUGGGCCAGGUGGACAUAGAGAGAUUAGUGGAGAAGCAUCUGGACUCAGUGCAGGACUGGGAGAGAAACUUCAAGGCCCUGAAAGCCCAGGGGAAGGAAUCUGAGCGUCUUCCUAGUCAGGAGAAAGUAGACUGUAUCACAGUGAACUGUGAGCCAGUCAAGGCUGUCAUUGAUGACCUGAUCCAGAGGCUGUUUGACACCCUGCUUAUGUCACUAAGAAAGUCCAUACAAGGCCAUAUUCAGACCAUAGAAAGUUUUGUGUCAGAGUCAAUGGAAGCCCUAUCCACUCGUCCAGAGAGCAUAGAAGAGAUUGGAGUGGCCAAUGCCAAACACAGCCACAUACAAACCCAUAAACCUCAAGUCCUUCCUCAGUUGCAGUGUGCUGAAGAGAAGAAUCGUUUACUGCGCACAGUGGCUGGGGGAGGUGUGGACUCUCUGUCCUCCCUUAGGGCCAAAUUGGACAAACUGGAGCUUGUCAUGGAGAGCCACCAGCUCAUGAUCAAAGAACAGGUGGAGGCGAUGCGUAGUAAUGCGGAGGGUCGUAUCGAGGCCUACAGGGUCGAUUUGGAGCGGUUCAAAGCUCGCUGGGACCAGCUGAAGCCCAAGGAUGACGUGCUGGAGACAGGCGAUCAGGCUACCCUGCUUGCCUGCCUCCAGACCAUCAGAGACAAGCAACAAGAGUUCCAGGAGCUGGAGCUGGUUCGCACUAAACUUCUUGAAGACUGUGCUCAUUUUCAAUUGGAGGCUCCUGACUUCUCUCUAGCAGAGGAGACUGUUAGAGACAUGGAAGAGUGCAGCCAGAUGUGGUCACUGUAUGAGGAGUGGCAACAGGGGUUCACAGAGAAGGCCAAAGAGGACUGGAUCACAUUCAGGAGUAAGACGUAUGUGUUUGAAGAGUUUCUGUUUACGUGGCAGGAAAGACUGAGAAAGCUGGACCAGCCCACCACCAUGUCUGUUAAACUGCAGGCAGAGGUGGACAAAUACAAGAAUCUGGUCCCAGUGUUGAAGUACGUGCGUGGGGAGCACCUGUCCCAGGACCAUUGGUUGGAUAUGUUCCGUUUGCUGGGUCUCCCCAGAGGAACAACAUUAGAGGGACUCACUUUCAAUGACCUGCUCAAUGUGGCAGGCGCCAUCAUAGAAAAGGCACUGGAGCUUAAGGAUCUGAACAGUCGUGCUCAGGCAGAGGUGACAAUCAGGGAGGCCCUUAGGGAACUGGAUUUGUGGGGGGCUGCAGCGGCCUUCAACCUCACCGAGUACACAGACAGCAGUGGCUGCACUCUCACCCUCAUCAAGGACUGGAAGGAUAUUGUCAACCAGGUGGGAGAUAACCGCUGUCUGCUGCAGUCUCUGAAAGAUUCUCCAUACUACCACAGCUUUCAGGACAAGGUGAGUUUGUGGGAAGUUCGCCUGUCAGACCUUGAUGAGUACCUCCUCAGCCUGAACACCAUCCAGAGACGCUGGGUUUACCUGGAGCCUAUCUUCGGACGCGGGGGGCUGCCCAGGGAACAGGCACGCUUCAAACGGGUUGACGAGGACUUCAGGUCUAUAAUGUCAGAUGUUCAGAGGGACAGCAGAGUGGUGUCUCUUAGCUCAAGAGCUGGUAUCAGAAACUCCUUGGUCACCAUACUGGACCAGCUGCAACGCUGUCAGAAAUCACUCAACGAGUUCUUGGAGGAGAAGCGAUCUGCGUUCCCUCGGUUUUAUUUCAUCGGAGACGAUGAUCUGUUGGAGAUUCUGGGCCAGGCCACCAAUCCAGCUGUCAUCCAGUCACACCUCAAGAAGCUCUUUGCUGGCAUCAACAGCGUGGAGUUUGAUGAGCAGUGUCAGCACAUUGUUACCAUGUGCUCUAUAGAAGGAGAAGUAGUGCCACUUAGAAACCUCAUCCGCAUUUCCAACAAUGUGGAGGUGUGGCUCAGUGAGCUGUCUGCAGAGAUGAAGGAGACUUUGAAGCACUUGUUGCAUGAGUGUGUGUCAGCAGGGAAGAAAGGGGAGGUGGAUCCCUCACGCUACCCAUCACAGAUCCUGUGCCUGGCAGAGCAGAUCCAAUUUACUGAGGAUGUAGAAAGAGCCAUAAGAGAGCAGAAUUUACAGCAGCUGGAGCUGGAGCUCAACGCCAAACUAGAACACUACACAACAGUCGACACCAGUUCUGAUGACCACACCACUGCAGAUUCCAGUGUCUUGCAGCUGAAACUGAAGGCCUUAAUCCUUGACAUCAUCCAUAACAUCAGUGUUGUGAAACAGCUGAACCAUAUGGGCGUCAGCAGCCUUGAUGCCUGGGCCUGGAAGAAGCAGCUCCGCUUCUAUAUGGAAUCAGACAAAUGCUGCUACAUACAGAUGGUUGACGCACAAUUCAACUACACAUAUGAAUACCAGGGAAAUGCAGCUAAGCUGGUGCAUACUCCGUUGACUGAUAAGUGCUACCUCACUCUGACCCAGGCCAUGAAGAUGGGACUUGGGGGGAACCCCUAUGGGCCGGCCGGUACUGGCAAGACUGAAUCAGUCAAAGCCCUGGGUGGGCUGUUUGGACGCCAAGUGCUGGUUUUCAACUGUGAUGAGGGUAUUGAUGUGAAGUCUAUGGGCCGCAUCUUUGUGGGCUUGGUAAAGUGUGGAGCAUGGGGCUGCUUUGACGAAUUUAACCGCUUGGAGGAGGCAGUGUUAUCUGCUGUCUCCAUGCAGAUCCAGGCCAUCCAAGACUCCCUCAAACACCACAAACAUGCCUGUGAACUGCUGGGCAAAGAGGUGGAGUUGGACCCAAACUCUGGUGUGUUCAUUACUCUGAACCCAGCAGGUAAAGGCUACGGAGGGAGACAGAAGCUACCAGACAACCUGAAGCAGCUGUUCAGGCCUGUAGCCAUGAGCAGGCCAGACAAUGAGCUCAUAGCCGAGGUUAUCCUGUACUCCGAAGGCUUCAAAGAUGGAGAGAUACUGGGACGCAAACUGGUUGCAAUCUUUAAUCUAGCUAGGGAGCUGCUGACUCCCCAACAGCACUAUGACUGGGGUUUGCGUGCUCUGAAGACAGUGCUGAAGGGCUGUGGCAGUCUCCUGCAGCAACAGAGGAGGAGCCUUGAUGGAAACAAGAUUCAGGAGAGCAAUCUGGUGGUGCAGGCUCUAAGGCUGAAUACCAUGUCCAAGCUGACAUUUGCAGACAGCUCCAGGUUUGAUGCUCUGGUCAGAGAUGUUUUCUCUGGAGUGAAUUUCACAGAUGUGGAGGACCAAACCUUAAUGCAUGCCCUGGAGCAAGUUUACAAGGAGGCGCAACUUGAGCUUAUACCCAGCCAGCUAAAGAAGGCAUUGGAGCUGCAUGAGCAGCUGAGGCAGCGUAUGGGCGUGGUGAUUGUGGGGCCCAGCGGAGCAGGGAAGUCGACUCUCUGGAGGAUGCUCAGGGCUGCUCUGAGCAAGACAGGCAAAGUGGUGAAGCAAUACACAAUGAACCCCAAGGCCAUGCCCAGACAGCAGCUGCUGGGACACAUAGACAUGGACACUAGAGAGUGGGCUGAUGGUGUCCUCACACACAGCGCCAGGCAUGUGGUCAGAGAACCACAGGAGGUGAGCUCAUGGAUUGUGUGUGAUGGCGACAUUGACCCGGAGUGGAUUGAGAGUCUGAACUCUGUGCUGGAUGAUAACAGGCUGCUGACCAUGCCCAGUGGAGAACGCAUUCAGUUUGGACCCAAUGUCAACUUCCUAUUUGAGACCCAUGACCUUAGCUGUGCUUCACCUGCUACCAUAUCCCGCAUGGGCAUGAUCUUUCUCAGUGAUGAAGACACUGAUGUGAGUGCCUUGGUGAAGUCUUGGUUGAAGGGUCAGCCAGAGGAGUGUCGCAGUAACCUAGAAAACUGGCUGGGAGACUACUUCCACCGAGCCCUAGACUGGGUCCUCAAACAGAAUGACUUUGUGGUCGAGACCAGUCUGGUGGGUGCGGUUUUGAAUGGUCUGUCACACCUCAGCGCUGUGACAGAGAGAGGCCAAUUUAUCGUUAGCCUUCUCAGGGGUAUGGGAGGAAACCUGCACUUCAAGUCACGACAAGAGUUUGCCAAGGAGUUGCUCAGCUGGGCCAGGGAGAGCCCACCCGAUCACAAAAAACCACUUGAUACCUACUAUGACCCUGACACUAGCCGCCUUGCUGCUUACACACUCCAGCGGCCUGACAGUCUCACUCUGGAGCAGCUCUCUCAGACACACACACUCCCUGUCAUCGAGACCCCAGACAUGCAGAGAGGCCUGCACUGCUUCUCUCAGUGGCUUACCGCCCAGCACAGACAGCCCUUUAUGGUGGUGGGGCCAGAGGGCUGUGGGAAAGGCAUGCUCCUGCGCUAUGCCUUCUCUCGGCUACGGUCCACACAAGUCGCUGUGAUUCACUGCAGUGCCCAGACCUCGUCUCGCCACAUCCUGCAAAAGCUCAGCCAGACCUGCCUGCUGCUCAGCUCCAAUAAUGGCCGAGCCUAUAGACCCAAGGACUGCGAGAGCCUGAUCCUGUACCUGAAAGACAUCAACCUGCCCAAACCUGACAAAUGGGGCACCAGCAACAUCAUUGCCUUCCUGCAACAGGUGUUGACAUAUCAGGGAUUCUAUGAUGAAAAUCUGGAGUGGGUGGGUCUGGAGAACAUCCAGGUGGUGGCUUCCAUGUCAGUGGGGGGCUCUGUGGGUAGACAUACACUCACCUCCCGCUUUUCCUCUAUAGUCCGCAUUUGUACAAUAGAUUAUCCAGACAGGGAGCAGCUGCAGACGAUCUACUCAGCAUACCUGCAACCAGUUCUCCAGCAUAGCCUCGGCAGCCAGGCAGCCUGGGCUAGCACAGGGAAAACACAGCAGCUGGCUGGGUCUCUGGUGCAGGUCUAUGAACAGGUGAAAGCCAAAUUUACAGUGGAUGACCACAGCCACUAUCUGUUCACCCCCUGCAUCCUGACACAGUGGGUUCUCAGCCUGUUGCGUUACGACCUUACUGCAGCUCAAUCUAACAUCACAGACAGUGUGCUGGAGGUGGUAGCGUACGAAGCCAGAAGGCUGUUCAGAGACCGUCUGGUUUCCUCCAGAGACCUCCAUACCUUUGAUAACAUCCUCUCCUCCAUCAUACGCGGUGACUGGGGCUCUGACGCUCUGGACAACAUGACUGAUGGUUUCUAUGUGACAUGGGGUGCAUCUGAGGGAGCUGUGAUGGCUCCAGGCCAGUCUCUGCCUUCUCACGGUAAACCACUGGGACGCCUGGAUUCUGCUGACCUCAAACAAGUCAUACAGAAGGGAGUAGUGCUGUACAGUCGUGAUAACAGGGAGCUGGACCUGCUCCUAUUCUGGGAGGUGUGUGACUUUGUAUCCAGGGUAGACCGGGUCCUGAGCCGACCCGGUGGCUCUCUGCUGCUGGCCGGGCGGAGUGGAGUGGGCCGACGCACCGCCACAAGCCUAGUGUCACACAUGCAUGGAUACACACUGUGCACGCCCAAGAUCUCCCGUGCUUACAGUCUUAAACAUUUCAGCAAUGACCUCAAGAUGGUGAUGCAGCUGGCUGGUCUGGAGGGUCAACAGGUGGUUCUACUGUUAGAAGACUAUCAGUUUGUCCACCCGUCCUUCUUAGAGAUGGUCAACAGCCUUCUGUCUUCAGGCGAGGUGCCAGGUCUCUAUACCCCAGAGGAACUGGAGCCUCUCCUCACCACUCUCAAAGAUUCUGCAUCCCAGGAUGGAUUCACUGGACCACUCUACAACUACUUCUCCUACAGAAUCCAACAGAACCUCCACAUUGUUCUCAUCAUGGACUGCACCAACUCCAACUUCACCAUCAACUGUGAGAGUAACCCAGCUCUAUACCGCAAAUGUUCUGUCCAGUGGAUGGAGGGAUGGUCUGAAAGCAGCAUGAAGAAGAUCCCUGAGAUGCUGCUGACAAAAGCAGAGGGAGAAGGGGAGAAGGAUGGAGGAGAAAAGGCCACUAAGCGGAAAAGCCCUGGGUCUGGGCAAGGGGACCUGUGUCAUUUGUUCCUGAUGGUUCAUGAGUCAUGUAGAGAGCAUGGGGCAACACCCAGCCAGUACAUGGCCUUUCUGCAUGUUUAUACCUCAAUAUACAACAGCAAGCAGAGUCAGCUCACAACCAGACAGCAACACCUGCAGGCGGGCGUGUCCAAGCUGAAUGAGGCCAAAGAACUGGUUGACGAGCUAAAGAGGCGGGCCGCAGAGCAGAGUGCACUGCUGCAGACCAAACAGCAAGAGGCAGAUUCUGCCCUGCAAGAGAUUACCACCUCCAUGCAGAAUGCCAGCGACCAGAAGACGGAGAUGGAGAAGAUCAAGGGGAAGAUGGCUCAGGAGGUGUCCAAGAUUGAAGAGAGGAAGAGCAAAAUAGAAGAGGAACUGAAGGAAGUACAGCCUUUGGUAGAUGAAGCAAAGCGAGCAGUGGGGAAUAUAAAGCCUGAAGCCCUGUCUGAGAUCCGCUCCCUCCGCAUGCCCCCCGACGUCAUCAGAGACAUCCUUGAGGGGGUACUGAGACUGAUGGGCAUCUUCGACACAUCCUGGGUUAGCAUGAAGAGUUUCUUGGCGAAGCGUGGAGUGAGGGAGGACAUAGCUACAUUUGAGGCAAGAAACAUCACCUCUGAGAUCCGCGAGAGUGUGGAGGAGCUGCUGAAUAGGAACAAGGCCUCCUUCGAUCCCAAGAAUGCAAAGCGUGCAAGUGCAGCGGCUGCUCCUCUGGCUGCCUGGGUCAAAGCCAACGUCCAGUACUCCCACGUCCUGGAGAGGAUAGAGCCCUUGGAGAGAGAACAGACUGGACUGCUGGAAAACCUGAGAAAAACGGAGAGUAGGAAGAAUAAGCUGGUGGAGCAGCUCAACUCAGUGGGAGCCAAAGUCAGCGAACUGAAAGAGAAGUUUCAGUGUAGAACAACUGAAGCAACCAAGUUGGAGGCAGAGGUGACCAAAGCUCAGGACACGAUCACUGCUGCCCAGAAGCUCAUAUCACAACUGGACAGAGAACACACGCGGUGGAAUGCACAGAUGUCUGAGAUAAAGGAGGAGUUGGAUACCCUCCCUAUGAGGGCCAUGCUAGCAGCAGCCUUCAUCACCUAUUUGUCUGCUGCUCCUGAAGACCGUAGGAAACACUGUCUGGACACAUGGAUGGCCCAGUCUCAGUUAGAGAAAUUUGACUUGCGGUCAUUCUUGUGCUCGGAGAGCGAGCAGUUGAUCUGGAAGAGUGAAGGGCUGCCCUCUGACGACCUCUCCAUGGAGAACGCACUGGUCAUUCUGCAGAUCAGUGUGCUGAAUUUACGGAGUGUUGCCUGUCCAUUCCUCAUUGACCCGUCAUCCCGAGCUACAGAGUGGCUACGCACACACCUGAAAGAACACAGACUAGAAGUCAUCAACCAACAGGACAGUAACUUCAUGACAUCCCUGGAACUAGCAGUGAGGUUUGGUAAAACCCUCAUCAUCCAAGAGAUGGACAGAGUAGAACCUGUUCUUUACCCACUGCUAAGGAGGGACCUCAUAGCACAGGGCCCUCGGUAUGUGGUUCAGAUAGGAGACAAGGUUGUUGAUUACAACGAGGACUUCCGUCUCUUUUUGGCAACCCGCAAUCCGGCCCCUUUCAUCCCCCCUGAUGCUAUUUCUGUAGUUACAGAGGUCAACUUCACCACCACCAGGGCUGGCCUACGGGGACAGCUGCUAGCCCUGACCAUUCAGCAGGAGAAGCCGGAGUUGGAAACUGAGAAGACAAAACUUCUACAACAAGAGGAAGAUAAGAAAAUACAGCUGGCUCUGUUGGAGGAAUCAUUGCUAGAGACGCUGGCUACAGCUCAGGGUAAUAUUUUGGAGAACCGGGAGCUGAUAGACAGUCUGAACCAGACCAAGGCCAGCAGCGCCCUGAUCCAGGAGUCACUAGUGGAAUCACACAGGCUGCAGACAUCAUUGGACCAGGAGCGAGAUGCCUACCUACCACUUGCAGAGAGUGCCAGUAAGAUGUAUUUUGUCAUCACAGACCUAUCAAAGAUCAACAACAUGUACCGCUUCAGCCUUGCUGCUUUUCUGCGCCUCUUCCAGAGGGCUCUUCAGGCCAAGAAGGAAGCUGAGAAUACUGAGGCCAGGAUUGCUGCUUUGGAGGCCAACUUGAAGAAUAUGGUGUAUGACUAUGUCUGCCGCUCGUUGUUCAAGGCUGACCAGUUGAUGUUUGCUAUGCACUUUGUCAAAGGGAUGCACCCUGAACUCUUCCAGCAGAAUGAAUGGGAUGUCUUUAGUGGAUUCACAGUAGGAGAAAUGUUCAAGAAAGAAGAGUUCCCUUCUUGGAUUGAUCAGGAGAGGCAUGGAGCACUGGCUAUUUUUAAAGCUACUUUCCCAGCCCUGUACCAGUCGCUGUGUUUGAGUGACUCAGAACUUUGGCUGUCCUUCUCACAGAGCUCACACUGUGAACAGGAAAUCCCAUCCACCAUUGCCAAGAAGAUUACUCCUUUCCAGCAGGUAUUACUGAUUCAGGCAAUCAGGCCAGACAGACUGCAGAGCGCCAUGGCAGCCUUUGCCUCUCAGGCCUUGGGAAUGAAGGAGCUCUCCCCUCCUCCUCUCAACCUGCGACGUCUCUACACUGAGACACUAGAGUUGGAGCCGGUGUUGAUCAUCAUUUCUCCCGGGGCAGACCCCUCCCAGGAACUCACAGAGCUCGCUGCAGAGACUGUGGGCAGGGACAACUAUCAUGAGAUCUCUAUGGGUCAGGGACAGGCUGAUGUGGCCUUAGCCACACUCAGAGAAUGUUCUCGUAAUGGAGACUGGCUUUGCCUCAAAAACCUUCACCUGGUCACCGCAUGGCUACCUCUCCUAGAAAAAGAGCUGAAUGUACUACAGCCCAAAGCAGGUUUCCGCCUGUGGCUGACAGCAGAAGUUCACCCCAGAUUCCCUCCUAUUUUGCUGCAGUCCAGCCUUAAGAUCACAUAUGAGGCUCCUCCAGGGUUGAAGAAGAACCUGCUGAGAACCUAUGAAUCCUGGAGUCCAGAGCAGAUCAGUAAAGGAGGCAUCCUGGCCAGAGCCCAGUCUCUGUUCUGUCUUGCUUGGUUCCAUGCUGUCUGCCAGGAAAGACGCAACUACAUACCACAGGGCUGGACCAAGUUUUAUGAAUUUUCUCUGUCGGACCUGCGUGCUGGCUUUGAGAUCAUCGACAGGCUCUUUGAAGGCGGUAAACCUUUCCAGUGGGAGUUUGUCCACGGCCUGUUGGAGAAUGCCAUCUAUGGCGGACGCAUCGACAACCUGUUUGACCUCCGCAUCUUGCGCUCCUACCUCGAGCAGUUCUUCUCCGCACACCUCUUCUCCUCUGCCUCAGCUGGACAGAGGAGGAGCAGGGGAGGGUCACACUCCUUCCCAGCUCAGAUCAGCUUGCCACACUCCUGCUCCAUAUUGGACUACCGUAGUGUAAUAGAGAGUCUCCCAGAAGAAGACAGGCCUUCAUUCUUUGGUCUGCCUGCCAACAUAGAGAGAUCCUCCCAAAGAAUCAUCAGCUCCCAGGUCAUCUCCCAGCUGCGCAUCCUGAGCCGGUCGGUAGCAACAGGGUCAAAGUUCGACAGAGAGCUCUGGUCCAAUGGAUUGACACCUGUCCUCAACUUAUGGAAGAAACUCAACCAGGGUUCUACUCUGAUCCACCAGAAGGUGGCCCCACCUUCAGAGGGCCAUGGAUCACCUGUGCUGUCAUUCAUAGUUCUAGAGCAAUUCAAUGCCAUCCGCUUGGUUCAGGCUAUCCACCAGUCCCUGGCUGCACUCAGCAAGGUCAUCAGAGGGACCCAACUGCUUACUGCUGAGGUUCAGAAACUGGCCGCAGCCCUGCUCAACCAAGAGUGUCCCUUGACAUGGCAGAAUAAAUGGGAAGGUCCAGAGGAGCCCAUGCAGUAUCUCAGGACUGUGGUAACACGGGCUCUUGCCAUACAGAGUUGGGUGGAACGUGCCGGCAGACAAGCCCUCCUGUCUGACACCCUGGAACUGUCUGACCUCUUCCACCCUGAUACCUUCCUCAAUGCUCUGAGACAGGAGACUGCCAGGUCUAUGGGUUGUUCUAUGGACAGUCUGAUAUUUAUGUCAUCAUGGCAGAGUCCCAUUUCAGAGGCCAAGCUUCAAGUCAAGGUUGGGGGUCUCCAGUUGGAGGGUUGUAGCUUUGAUGGAUCUCGUCUGUCUGAGAACCAGCACGACUCCACCAGCGUGUCAGCCGUCCCACCCUGCUACAUGGCCUGGGUUGCACAGAGCUCCAGUGGUGCCUCCGGCAGUCCAGAGGAGAACAUCUGGCUUCCUCUGUACACCAGCUCAGAGAGGGUGAAGGUGGUCACCCAGGUGUCGCUGCCGUGUGGAGUCAACCCCAGCCAGUGGAUCCAGACAGGAGCAGCUCUCUUCCUCAAACAACAGUAACACGACUCCAUGCUGGUUAGGUCAAGAAGACAGUGAGUGUAGGGCCUUUUGUGGCCGCUGGGAGCAAAGAUGGAGAGGACAAUGUUAUGCAAGGCUGAAUGUUGCAAAACAUAAACAGGGAAAAAAGUACGAGUGCUCCAAAUUAUGAGGCUUAUGUGGACGCCAUCCCGUUCUUCCUUAUGCUGCUAGCUUAGGGGCCAGAAACGUCUUAACUGUUAUAGAUGCAGUUACAAUUUCCAUUCUGCUGUCAUUUCCACACAGCCACUCCAAGUCCCUCUUUGCCGACAGUCAGUUAAAUCCAGUCAAGGGCACAAGGCAGAAGCAGAAGUAAGACAUAGGAGGAAAACAUUUAAGGAGUCAUUUAUACCUCAGUGGUCGGCUACAGGAUGUGACAAAAAGCUCUUUUCUUUUCCUUUCAUGGACCAGGAGAGCUGGGAUAGUCUGGAUAUACACAUGAGGAGGAAUUUGUUUUUUGAAUGCCAGGCUGUUAAAGUUCCCUAACUCUUAGUUUGAUAAAUUUCUACCCUAGUUCUUCAUUUCAUAAAAUAUAUUUUUACAAAUGUUUACCAAUGUCCUCUUUGUGACGCUGAACAUUGACUGUCUGGAUCUCUUUAUUGUAAUUUUGCCUUGUAUUUAUUCUCUUCAAAAUAAAUAUGUAUUUAGUGUUAUGUAAUGCUAUGAUUGUCAUUAUUUUGGUUACCAAUUUGGUGAUUGGGGGGCCACUCAAAGUGUCACUCUGCUUUUAAUCUCAAUUCAAAAAUGUGCUGAAUUUGCAUUAAAAUUGAGAACAAUAUUGCCACAAUAUGAAGACAGUGAUGGCUGCUUGUGUGUGAGUGUUUCAGCGCUGGGUUGACCCUCCAUCACACGCUAUCACUUGCAGCAGUUCAAUAAACAACACAGUUCACUGUG